AUGGAGCAAUCAUCCGGGAAACGGUCACGCCCCCCGUCGCCUUAUCCACAAGAUGAAGCUAGGAAAAGUCCCUCCAAAAAUGGUAAUAGAAAACCAAAAAAGAAAAGAGCCUUGGCAGGAGCUGUCGUGGUGGAAGAGGAGACAAACAGACGACUAAGAGUUCAUCGUGCACAAACCAUGGAACAUAAACGUCUCAAAGCAGAAGUUGAUGCCCUGUCAAAAUGUAACCUUGAAAAAGUAGAAGAGAUGGCUUCCUUGAAAACUAACAUUUCAAGUUUAAAAGAAAAAAUAGGUGCAGUCAAUGAAGAAAUUGCUCUUUUGUCACAAAACACCACAACUACCUUGCCAACUGAUUUGGCAGCUGCAGAGCAGCGAAUGCACAAUGUUCAUGACAGCUGGAGAGAGCAAGUUACACAACUUGGUGAAAAACAAUCCCAGGCUUAUUCCUCGCGUUAUGAAUUGCAGCAGGUGCAAGAAGGAUUUCAAAAAGACACCCAGCAUCUGAUUCAAGAACUCCAAGAACGAAAACAAUCCCAAGAACGCCUUGACAAAUUGCAAGAGGUGUAUACAUCUCAGGGGAAAGCUGCUCAGUGGCACAAUAUCAUGAGAGGCUCUGCUACAAUUGCAGUGCCUCAUCCUACUGCCAUUAAGGAGGAUUAUGGUGGUCGACAAAGCAAAGGAUUGUGA